AGGGCGCACGGCAUCUCCAGCGUGAGAGGAGGUGCCAGCUAGUGCGCAUGUUUGAGAGCCACGAGAUAGAAAGAGAGAGAGAGCAAGCCACCGUCCAAACACUUCUCCUCUGGUAUUUCCUGCAGUUAGUCCACAAUUGGUGAAAACACUCUUUGGAUGUACAGUAGCUGAGGCAGCUCAAGCCAGAAGGGAUCAGUUUUGGUGUUUCAGCACUGGACAGCUCUCUACAUGUGCACUUUGUGUGGCAAUCUGUCUCAGCUGACGGGAAGCUGGAACAUGUAGGACUUUGUUCUACAGCAUCUGUAGCCACAAGAGCUGCCGAAGUGGAGUCUCGAACGAUGACCAUCCCCGAGUUCCUCCUGGAAGUGUCAAUAGUGGUGAUGGCUGUUGUCUCCUUGGUGACCAACAUGUCAGUGCUACUGUGUUUCACUCAGAGCUCAGAGUUGAGGUCCCAUGUCCCGGGAAUCUUUGUCCUGAACCUGUCUUUCUCCAACAUCCUCCUCGCUUUCAUCAACAUGCCUACCACCUUUUUCGGGGUGGCCAAAAGCGGAGAACCCUUUGGGAACUUGUUCUGCCAAAUGGUCAGCUUUGCGGAGACCUUCCUCACCACCAACAGCAUGCUGAGCAUGGCGGCUCUAAGCCUGGACAGGUGGAUCGCUGUCAUGUUUCCUCUGAGCUAUUCCAGCAAGAUGCGCCUCCGGGAUGCUAUCCUGAUGGUGGUCUACUCCUGCCUUCAGUCCCUCACCUUCUCUCUGACUCAGCUGCUCAUGGACUGGGGAGGCUACAGCCACACGUACGCCUCAUGCACCGUUCACCUGGCCACGGAGGGAAGGUCGCAGCUUGCCGCCUACGUCACCUUCACCGUGCUGCUCCAUUGCAGCAGCUUUGCUUUCAGCCUGGCCGUGCUCUGCUUCUCCUACCUCAAAGUUUUGAGAGUGGCCAAGUCCCACUGCAAGAGGAUAGACGUCAUCACAGUGCAGACUCUGCUGCUGUUGGUCGACAUUCACCCCAGUGUGAAAGAAAGGUGUUUGUCAGAACAGAAGAAGAGGAGACAGCGGGCCACGAAGAAAAUUUGCAUCUUCAUUGGCUCGUUCAUCUUCUGCUUUUCACCGUAUGUCAUAACAAGGUUAGUGGAGUUGUUGCCCUCUGUGCACAUCCCGCAGUACUGGGGCAUCACAACCAAAUGUCUGUGCUACGCUAAGGCUUCUAGCGAUCCAUUUGUCUACUGUCUAUUGCGGCACCAGUACAGAAAGGUCCUGGUUCGUGUCAUCAGCCGCUUCGUGAGAAAGGAUCAUUACUUGCUUUCUGCCAGCAGCUGGAGCAGUACAUUUGACACCACAGAAGACACUUGUGCUAGAAAAACAUGAACGCAGUAUGCAGCUCGUUCUAAUGAGGCGGCAACUGCACCCCUUCUGCUCAAUGUUUAGAUAGAGGUGACAAAUGGAAUGGGACCUGGGCCCUGCUCAAGGACUCUUUCACUGAGGGCUGGGUCACGUACUUGGUGGAGACACAGCGUGACCAAUUUAUUUGUCAAGGACAACAAUGUAACAAUGUAUGCUGAACGCAGGCACGCAUUGUUGUGAUGUGUGCCAAAAAUCCUUUUAAACGCUACAGACUGUUGAUUUCCAUAGGGCUGAUCAGUUUGCCUUCCGAGGCGCUGCCAAGGAUUUCUUCACAUGAACAAGUAUACAACACAUAUACAGUAAUUCCAAUAUCAAUCUUAUUGGAUUGUACACUUGGAGUAAUGUUGAGUUUGUAAAGAAAUGUUAUUCAUGUGCAUACAUUCAUAUUACAGCAACUGAAAUUGACAUAAAAUAUUGUGUCCAGUGCCAUGCAUUUGAAAUUGUGUGAUUGUACAAAUACAUAUUUGAAGA